GUCACAAUUAUCCUCAAAGACGUCAACGAUGAAGCUCCCAUCUUUGUUAGCAGUAAUUAUACAGAAAUUCUCGAAAAUAUACCACUUAACACUGUGGUAAUGGUAGUCAAGGCCAUUGAUCGUGAUGAAGGCAAAAAUGGUUAUAUCGAAUACACACUGGAUGGUGGUGGUAAUGGUGAAACCCAGGUACCCUUUACAUUGGGUCCAGUGGAUGGUUUACUACGAGUCUCCGGCAAAUUAGAUCGUGAAACCCAGACAUCAUAUCUGCUCAAUAUUACAGCACGUGAUCGUGGAGAACCGGCCAAGCUGACCCAAAGUCAAUUAUAUGUUCGAGUGUUGGAUGAAAAUGAUAAUGCACCGAUAUUUGAUCCCAAGCAAUAUACCGCCUCGGUGGCUGAAAAUGCCAGUAUUGGAGCCAUGGUAUUGCAAGUGUCGGCCACAGAUGUGGAUGAUGGGGCCAAUGGCCGGGUACGUUAUUCCAUUGUGGCCGGUGAUGAUAAUCGUGAUUUUAUGAUUAGUGAGGAUUCGGGAAUUGUGAGAGUAUCGAAGAAUUUGAAUUAUGAAAGGAAAUCGAGAUAUGUAUUGUCCAUUAAGGCUGAAGAUUCUGCAGCGGAUUUGGGUUUGGCCUAUGAAAAUGAAAAGGGAAGGCAAAAGCUAACACAUUUAUUUGAAAAUCGUUAUGAUUUGGCGGAAAUGGUCAUAGUCAUUACCGAUAUUAAUGACAAUCCACCGACCUUCUUGGAUUCACCUUAUUUGGCAUAUGUUAUGGAAAAUGUUGUACCACCCAAUGGUGGUUAUGUCCUUAGUGUCCAAGCCUAUGAUGCCGAUACACCACCAUUCAAUUCAUUGGUACGAUAUUUUCUCAAAGAAGGUGAUACCGAUCUAUUUCGCAUAAAUGCAUCGACGGGUGAAAUAUCGCUGCUGCGUUCAUUGGACCGGGAGGCGAAAUCGGAAUAUACAUUGACGCUGGUUGCCAUGGAUACGGGUUCUCCCCCUCUCACUGGAACGGGUGUGGUAAAAGUCAUUGUCCAAGAUGUCAACGAUCAUAGCCCGGAAUUUGAGCGACAAUCCUAUUAUGCUACAAUACAAGAAAACAUGGCGAUUGGUACGAAGGUGAUCCAACCCCAUGCAUUCGACAAAGAUGCAGGUCUAAAUGCCAAAAUACGUUUCACCCUGCUAGGAGAGAAACUGGAACGAUUCCAUUGUAAUUCCGAAACGGGAGAAAUAACAACAGCCAGUGUUUUGGAUCGUGAGGAGACCUCAAUGUAUUUCCUCACCCUCAUGGCCCAGGAUAGUUCAGCCACGGAGCCAAGAGCCACUGCGGUAAAUUUGACAAUAACCGUCAGCGAUGUCAACGAUAAUAUGCCACGUUUUGAAGCCAAUCAAUUCCAUGUAAAUAUCCCCGAUAAAACGGGUCUCAACGAAUUUGUUUUUGGUGCCUGGGCCAGGGAUGCCGAUGAAGGUCUGAAUUCUUUGGUUAUGUAUAACAUCAGCGGCAAGGAUGUGGGGUAUUUUCAAAUCAAUGCGAAGACGGGUGUUAUUAAGACCCAGAAGAACUUGGGUUCCGAUUUGAAUCGGCAGUAUUCGUUGAUUAUACAUGCCUAUGAUCAGGGUGUACCGUCGAAGUCUUCACAAGCGGAAUUGAUGAUCUCUUUGAAACCUGCAGCAGCAUUUCCCAGUUUUAAUUAUAUGGCCAAUACCCAAUUUCUACUGGCGGAAGAUAUUGAGCCGGGCAAAAGGAUAACCACAAUUAUGGCCAGUUCCCCCAAGAAAGGAGCGGCCGGUAGUAUUCGCUAUUCCAUUGCUGGUGGUAAUUUAGGUGAAGCGGUACGCAUUGACGCCACCAAUGGUGUAGUCACAAUUGGCAAAGAUGGUUUGGAUUAUGAACUGGCCAGCCAAUAUGAAAUUUGGCUCGAGGCUUUGGAUUCGGAUCGCAUCCCACUGCGUAGUGUUAUGCUGCUGACCAUUAAUGUCACCGAUGCAAAUGAUAAUGCCCCUGUGAUGGAGAAAUUAAUUUAUAAUACCGAAAUUAUGGAGGAAGAAUCACCACCCCAGACAAUUGUCAGGGUGAAGGCCCACGAUCGCGAUUCCGGGGAAAACGGAGAGGUCAGCUAUCGCCUAGUGGAUGAUUAUGAGGGAACCUUUGAAAUUGAUGCAGAUUCGGGAGAAAUUUACACAACCCUACGUUUGGAUCGUGAGGAGGUUAGCCGUUAUGAGUUGUCCGUGGUGGCGGUGGAUCAGGGUAUGCCUCAGCUAAGUGGAUCCGCAACGGUGGUCAUUAACCUCUUGGAUAAAAAUGAUAAUCCACCAAAAUUCACCAGACUGUUUUCCGUUAAUGUCACAGAAAAUGCUGAGAUUGGUAGCUUUGUUAUCCAGGUGACCUCCAUGGAUUUGGAUCAGGGCAUUAAUGCGAAUGCCUUGUACACGUUGACCGAAAAUCCGGGAGAGAAAUUCCGUUUGGAUUCACUGAGUGGUAAUAUCACUGUGGCGGGACAUAUUGAUCGGGAGGAACAGGAUGAAUACAUACUAAAGAUCACUGCCUCGGAUGGUGCCUGGCGUUCGGAUACCCCCAUAACCAUUACCAUACAAGAUCAAAAUGAUAAUGCACCGGAAUUUGAUCACACGUUCUAUAGUUUUAAUUUCCCCGAACUGCAGAGAUCGGUGGCAUUUGUGGGUCAAGUGGUGGCCAAUGAUCGUGAUAAACAUGGACCAAAUUCCGUCAUUUCAUAUUCGCUGCAACAACCCUCAGAUGUUUUUACCAUAGAUCCAGCCACCGGGGAGAUUUUCAGUAAGAAAACGAUAAAAUAUAAACACUCCCAAUAUGAGGCCUCACCGGAGAAUACCUACACCCUGACUGUGAUUGCCACAGAUAAUGGUAAACCACCGCUCUAUUCGGAAUGUAUGGUGAACAUAAAUAUUGUCGAUGCCAAUAAUCAUCCACCGAAAUUUGAGAAGCCACGCUACCUCUCUCCCAUACCCGAACAUGCCCGCAUGGGCCAACGAGUGGUAAGGGUUCAGGCCCAUGAUUCUUUGGAUACAGGAGUUAAUGCCGAGAUCCAUUACUCCUUUACCGGGGGUAAUGGUACAGAAUAUUUCAAUAUUGGUCCACAUGAUGGUUGGAUUUCGUUGGCCAAAUUAUUGGAGGUUCCAGCCAAUACCCAUUUCGCAUUGAAUGUCAAGGCUGCCGAUCACGGUGUCCCAUCGAAAAGUGAUGAAGCCCAUGUGGAAAUUAUUGUCACCGGAGAAAAUGAUUUUGCACCGAAAUUCACGGCACUUAGCUAUCAGGUUAUUGUACCCGAAAAUGAGCCAAUUGGUUCGACAAUUCUCACGGUAUCGGCCACCGAUCGUGAUGAGGGCCCCAAUGGUAUGUUACACUAUGCCAUUGCGGGAGGUAAUGAACGUUCCGAGUUCAAAGUGGAUGCUGAAACGGGUGCUGUUAUCAUACUAGAACCGUUGGACUAUGAUUCGAUACAAGAAUACCAUUUAAAUAUUUCGGUCCAGGACCUGGGUUUUAAACCCAAAACCGCAAUUGCUCAAGUAACUGUGAUAGUAACGGACAUCAAUGAUAAUCCUCCCUUGUUUAAUCAAUCGGAAUAUCAUGCCUUCAUAGCGGAAAAUAAACCCCCACAAUCGUUUGUCUUCAAGGCCCAGGCCAAGGAUAAGGAUUCUCCGAAAAAUGCCAUAAUUCGUUACUCCAUAAAUGGUGGAUCGGGAAAAUCGUUCUUUGCCAUCAAUCCCUCAACGGGGGUGAUCACGUCCUCGGUGAGUUUCGACUACGAAGAGAGGAGGGAGUAUCUGCUACACAUCAUGGCCGCGAAUCCCGAUUCUCCAAUGCACAGCCUCUGUCGUGUUGUGGUCCACAUACGCGGAGUCAACGAAUUCUAUCCGCAGUUUAUACAACCUGUCUUUCAUUUUGAUGUUUCCGAAUCGGCGGAAGUGGGCACCGCAGUGGGUUCUAUACAAGCCACCGACAAGGAUGCCGGAGAAGAUGGCAAUGUCUAUUAUCUCCUGGUGGGUUCCAGCAAUGACAAAGGUUUUGCCAUUAAUCCGAAUACUGGUUUCAUUUAUGUAUCCCGACAUUUGGAUCGUGAGACCCAGAGUCGUGCGGUGCUUACGGUACUGGCGAAAAAUUAUGGCAGCAUUAGGGGUAAUGAUACAGAUGAGGCACAGGUCAUCAUAUCAAUUCAGGACGGUAAUGAUCCUCCGGAGUUCUUGAAAUCUCUUUAUACCGCCAAAAUAUCCGAGGCGGUAAAUAUUGGAACCAAGGUCACCACCGUCAAGGCAGUGGACAAGGAUGUGCGUCCCCAAAAUAAUCAGUUUACCUAUUCCCUCAUUGGAGGUAACAUCAAUCAAACCUUCAAGGUGGAUCCGCAGUCGGGAGAAAUUGAAACAGCACGGUAUUUGGAUAGGGAACAAAUCCCUGAAUAUAACCUGGUGGUGGGGGCAAUUGAUACGGGUCUACCCGCUCAAACGGGUACCACAUUGGUACGCAUCGAGCUGCAAGAUGUCAAUGAUAAUGGCCCUACCUUCCCAGCGGAGGGUCUCAUCGGUUACAUACAAGAAAAUGAGCCGGCAGGAAGUACAAUAAUGACCCUACAGGCCACAGAUCCUGAUUUGCCGCCCAAUGGAGGACCCUUCACAUAUCAACUGAUCGGCGGUAAACAUAAAUCCUUCAUCACCAUAGAUAAACAUUCAGGUCUGGUGAAAUCCACACGCAGUUUCGAUCGAGAACAAACCCCCGAAUUGGAAGUCAUAAUAGAGGUGGAAGAUAAUGGCCAGCCGAAGCAAAAGGCCCAACACAAAUUGCGAAUCAGGGUCCUCGAUCAAAAUGAUAGUCCCUCGACAUCAAGGACAGUCCAUGUGCUCCUCAAUGUUUUCAAUGAUAUUAUGCCGGUGGGCAAAAUUGCCGAUGUCCAUCCGAAUGAUCCGGAUAUAAGCGGAAACUAUCGUUGUCGCAUUGAACCCAACAGUCAAUCGAGUCCCAAAGGUCUGCUGACCAUACACCAUGCCUGUGAUCUGUAUACUACCGAACAAACCUCGUUAAAUAAUGGCUAUUCCUAUUCUGUGUCCGGUAAUGAUGGUAAACAUGGUGAUGUUGUGUCCACGGUGACCGUGGGAUUCCAGAGCUUCGAUAAUAGUACAAUUGCGAACUCUAUCACAAUUUUGGUUCGUAACACAACUGCGGAAAAUUUCCUAGCCAAUCAUUACCGGCAAUUUGUGGAAACUCUUAAGUCGGCCAUAGAUUCUUCCGAUGAGCUGAUAGUCUACAGUGUCCACAACACCACAAGCAGUUCAAAUUCCACCGAUCUUGAAGUUUUGGUGGCUCUGAAAAUGUCAAAUCAAGGUUAUCGUUUGCCACACUAUGUUGUGGAGCGCUUGGCCAAGAAACGUGAAGUAUUGCAGAGGAUGAUGCAAGGUUCCUCAUCGGUGGUAAUUGGUUACGACCCGUGUACCAUGGCCAAGGCUUGUGAUAAUGGUGGACUCUGUACCUCCGAACGCCGGUUGCAUGACACCCACUCCCUAUAUAUUGUGGACAGUGAAUCGCUGAUAUUUAGUGGUCCUUUGGUCACCCAUGAUUUUGUGUGCAAAUGUCCCGAUGGUUUUAUGGGUCAACAAUGCGAUAAACGUCAAGAUCCCUGCUCACCGAAUCCCUGUCACGGUAACUCGCAAUGUCGACGUUUGGGCUUCGACUUCCAAUGCAUUUGCCCUGUUAAUCGCGAGGGACGUUAUUGCCAGCAGGAGAGAGGUGAUGUUUGUUCCGGUAAUCCCUGUGGUAAUGGUGGUUCCUGUCGCAGCAGUCCUGAUGGGUCAUCCUUCUUUUGUCUCUGCCGACCUGGCUACCGUGGUAAUCAAUGUGAACAUGCCACCGAUUCGUGUCGUCCCAAUCCCUGCCAUUAUGGUGGAGUGUGUGUGGCUCUUAAGCCGGGAUAUAAAUGCAACUGCCCUGAGGGACGUUAUGGCCGUCAUUGUGAAAGGACCACCUAUGGAUUUGGUGAUCUCUCCUAUAUGACAUUCCCUUCACUGGAUGCCGCGACCAAUGAUAUUUCAAUUGUGUUUGCCACCACUAAACCCGAUGCAUUGCUAAUGUAUAAUUAUGGUAUACAAUCGGGUGGUCGAUCAGAUUUUGUUGCCAUCGAAGUGGUGCGGGGUAAGGCCUUCUUUUCAUUUGGUGGUGUAAGGACAGCCAUAACCACAGUGGUGGUUGGCGGAAAUAGUAAUUUGAAUUUGGCAGAUGGUAAUUGGCAUAAAGUGACGGCGACGCGGAAUGGUCGUGUCAUGUCGUUGAGUGUGGCCAAGUGUACGGAAAAUGGUGAUAGCUGUGAUGAAUGCCGACCCGGUGAUAGUUCGUGUUAUGCGGAUGAUGUGGGACCAAUUGGAACUCUGAACUUCAACAAACAACCUCUGCUACUUGGUGGCCUGGUAUCUGCCGAUCCGGUGCUGGAACGUCCUGGUCAAAUACAUAGCGACGAUUUGGUGGGCUGUGUUCACAGUGUCACAAUAAACGGUCGUGCUUUAAAUCUCAGCCAACCUCUGAAGCAACGUGGUAUAUCUUCAAGCUGUAAACAUAAUCUGCAGGGUGGCCUAUGCUCAGCUUCGGCAUAUAAUGAUCCCAGCACAUCACUAUGUGGCCUACUCGGCACUUGUAUGGAUAGAUGGGAUACAGCGGUGUGUGAAUGUGGAGGUGGUCUAUUGGCGCCCAAUUGUCAAAUGUCUUUGGAACCCAUAAGCUUCGGCGAAGGAGGUGGUUAUGUGGAAUUUCAAAUAUCGGAAAAACAUCGCCGCAUGCAGUUACUGGAUAAUCUCUAUGCUGGCAAUAGUAUUUGGUCAUAUGACAUCAGUCGCCAGAGGAGAUAUACCCUGGAGAGGAAUAAUUUUACGGCCCUGGCACAAAUUAGUGAAGCCCCGAAGACUCUUAGCCUUAUGUUCCGCACAUUUAAGGAGAGUGGCCUGAUGCUAUUUGCGGCCACAAAUAAUCAAUAUACCUCACUGGAGCUGAUGAAUGGUAAACUUUUGUAUUAUUCCAAUCAGGAUAGUGUGGUCAAUAUGACCAUUGCGAAUACAAAUAAGCUGAAUGAUGGUAAAUGGCAUAAUCUAACACUGCAUACGAGUAAUCGGAUUUUACGUUUCAUUAUUGAUGGUUCGCGAGCGGGAGAAGAAUUGGAUUAUGCAGGGAUACAUGAUUAUUUGGAUCCCUACUUGACGGUGCUCUCAGUGGGUGGUGCAAGGAAGGAAUUUCUUCAAGCGGAGCACCUGCCCUCGAGCUAUGAAGGUUGCUUGGCGAACUUUACGAUCAAUAAUGAAAUUCAGCCGUUCAAUGGUUCCGGAAGUGUUUUUGGAGAUGUCCAUAUGCAUGGCAAGGUUUCCCAAGGCUGUGUUGGCGUCAUGGGCAUUGGUGCUGCUCAAGUCGCCGAUCCCAUUAGUAUCGGUGUCACCUUGGUCAUUGUUUUCUUUGUCAUCUUGGUUGUGGCCAUUUUGGGUUCCUACAUCAUUUACAGGUUCCGUGGAAAACAGGAGAAAAUCGGGAGCCUCAGUUGUGGGGUGCCGGGAUUCAAAAUCAAACACAAUUCCCCGGCCACAAUGUUGGGCGGUUCGGGAGCCUCACAAAAUCAGGCAGAUCAUGUACUCUCACGUGGUAUGCACUCCGAAGCCCAGGUGGGUUAUCACAAUGAUGGUGGUGAUUUAAUACGCGGAGUUCCAGGACAUCAUAUGGUCGGCCCCGAAUUGAUAUCGAAAAAAUUCAAAGAACGUGAAAUCAAUCCGGGAGAUCAUCAACAGCAGAGGCCCCAGAGGCCUGACAUUAUCGAACGAGAAGUGGUUAGUAAAAGUCCCAUGCGGGAUGAACAUCAUCCGCCGAUACCACCACCUAGUCAAACACAUCACCCGCAUGAUCAUGUGGGUUCGGUAGAUAUGAAUUCGGAAUAUUUAGAACACUAUGAUUUGGAAAAUGCCAGUUCCAUAGCUCCAUCGGAUAUUGAUAUUGUCUAUCACUACAAGGGAUAUCGAGAGGCGGGUGGGGUUCGGAAAUACAAAGCCACACCGGCCCCAGUGGCCAGUUAUACCCAUCACAAACAUCAAUCGGCGACACAGCAACAACAACAUCGCCAUUCUCCACGGCAUGGUGUGGGAGGACCAUUUGCCCCAAGAGGGGUACCACCUCAGGCAGCACAACCACCACCACCUUCAAGUACCCCACGGCAACAUCAAAGUACACCCUUGGCAAGAUUGUCUCCCAGCUCGGAACUUUCAUCACAACAACCAAGGAUCUUGACGCUACAUGAUAUAUCCGGUAAACCUCUGCAAAGUGCCCUUCUGGCCACCACUUCCAGUUCUGGAGGUGUGGGCAAAGAUGCCCUGCACAGUAAUAGUGAGCGUAGCCUCAACAGCCCUGUAAUGUCACAACUAUCCGGACAGAGUUCAAGUGCCAGUCGCCAAAAACCUGUCGUUUCAGCGCAGACAACAGCCCAGACCUCAAUGGGUCUGACGGCGGAAGAAAUCGAACGUCUUAAUGGAAGACCUCGCACCUCAAGUCUAGUUUCCACCCUCGAUGCUGUCUCCUCCAGCAGUGAAGCUCCCCGUGGCACAGUGGGAGCUCACCACUUAUCUCUCGGAGGUGGUCUGCACAGCACAGAUGUAGAUGCCCAUAGCUCCACCUCGACCGACGAAAGUGGCAACGAUAGCUUCACCUGUUCCGAAAUUGAAUAUGACAACAAUAGCAUUAAUGGCGAUGCAAAAUACUCCACCAGUAAAAGUAUUUCCGAUGAACGUAACCCUGUCAGUAGGGCCAUGAGUGGAGAUGGUAGCCGUGGACCAAGCGUGGCGAAACCACCACCAAUGCCACCACAUUCCUUCGAUGGUUUCGAUUCUUCCUUUCGUGGUUCACUCAGUACUCUAGUGGCCAGUGAUGAUGAUAUGUCAACACAUAUGGGAGCGCUGUACCGGCAGGCGAAUAGUGCCGCCUCACCAUCAGCACCACCACCAAUUGGUUGGGAAUACCUGGUGAAUUGGGGACCAAAUAUACAAAGUAUUGUGGGAGUGUUUAAGGAUAUUCAGGAGCUGCCGGAUUCGGUGAGAGGAGAUCAAAGGCCAACGGGCUCGUUGAGAAUGCAACAGCAACAACAACAAAAGCAAUCGGAGGAAUAUGUAUGAUGG